CAAAUUGUAGGCACAAGUUGGCACUUGGACUCAGUCUUUUAUUUCAAUCACAUUGGCCUUUGAAUCGAAAUGAUAAUGAGCAAGUCACAGACGAGCAAAGUGCGACAAUCGACGAGCGGCUUGGAGAACCAAUUGGUUGGUGGUAAAUUUCGCUUAAUCAAGGCCAUUGGUUCUGGAUCCUUUGGAGAGAUCUAUAAGGGGGUCAAUAUCAAAGAUGCCUCCGAAGUGGCUGUGAAAAUAGAGCCAACGAAUGCAAAAUAUCCGCAAUUGAUUUACGAGGCCAAAGUGUAUGAGCAGUUGGGACGAGGACCUGGAUUUCCCACAUUGUUGCACUAUUGCAGCGAGUCGCAUUUUAAUGCCAUGGUUAUUGAACUGCUUGGACCUUCUUUGGAGGAAUUGUUCAAUAUGUGCAAACGGAAAUUUACAUUAAAGACAGUUUUAAUGUUAGCCGAUCAGUUGUUGAUGCGGCUGGAGUGUGUGCAUCAGCAGGGGUUCAUUCAUCGUGAUAUUAAGCCAGAUAAUUUCCUUAUGGGUCUCGGUCGGCAUGUGAAUAAAUUGUAUCUGAUAGAUUUUGGUUUGGCGAAGCGUUUUCAAGAUCCGGAGCGGCAUCAACAUAUACCCUAUCGCAAGGAUCGAAAUCUAACUGGUACAGUUCGCUAUGCCUCCAUCAAUGCCCAAUUAGGUGUAGAGCAAUCUCGUCGCGAUGACAUGGAAUCUUUAAGCUAUUGCAUUUUGUAUUUCCAUUUGGGCAAAUUACCCUGGCAGGGUAUCACAGCGUCCAACAAGAAGCAGAAAUACGAACGUAUAUUGGAGAAAAAGAAUAGUGUGCCAAUUGAAGCGCUUUGCAAAUCAUUGCCCAGUGAAUUUGCUCUCUUCAUGAAAUAUGCCAGAAAUUUACGUUUCAAAGAGGAUCCCGAUUAUGUCUAUUUGCGUCAAUUAUUUCGUAUUCUAUUUCGCACACUUAAUUAUCAAUUUGACUAUAUAUAUGACUGGACCAUAUUGCAGCAACAGCAGGAUCAGCGGGAGCGUUUGCAAAAGGAAUAUCAAUUGGAGAAGCAGCAAUUGGAGCAUCAGCAGCAGAAGUCACGAAUUCGUCAUACUCAGGUUUAUAGGUCGGAAAGAAACCUGCAACAGUCACAACAGCAACACUCAAAUCAACAGCAACAGCAACAGUCGCAGCAGCAAAACUCACAGCAGCAGCCUCGUCGAUCUAUGAUGAAAUAUGAGCGCAUUGGUGACGGCCAAUUCAUCAAAAGACGCUAAGAGACACACCAGCAACUGAGGCCUUUUUCAUUAUUUAUUCUUUUUUUUUUGUCAAAAUUAAUUGAUAGAGCUUCCAUUUCAUAGUUAAACUGUUUAUGUUUAGAGAUUAAAAAAACAAAAAAAAAAGAACAA